GUUUCCAUAUUCGAAGCCCGUUUAUUCACUCAUAUAGGCCCAAUUAAAUAGAAAAAAAAAAAACAUUUUUAAUAUGAAAGGUCAAUGCAAAAACGUUUUGUUAUAACUUAUACGAAGCCGCCGAACCCUCCUCUCUCGUCUUCCCUAUCACUUAGAACUUUGGGGAAAAGGAAGAGACAGAGGAAUCCCAACAAGUGUGAACGUGAUCCGGUUCUAGACUCGGAAGCAAUGGUUUGUUAUAGAGAACCCACAAUGUAUGAUAAUUUUCUGGCAUCUCUCGGUUUAUCGAACAAAGUUGUUACCCGUAUGAAGAAAAGAAGGCACAUGGAGGAGGAAGGUAAAAGCGACACAGAUAUGAUUCAAGGGGGUGGUCAGGAAAGUCUCGGUGCUCUUACUAGGAACACAGAGCAGGAGAAUCAUAAUCUUUAUAAUGAGGAAGAAGAAGGUUUUGAAACGGAUGAUGAGGAGCAUGAGUUGUGUACCUAUGGUCAAUCUUCAUCUACUAGUUCAUUUAGAGAGCACCUAAGUCACAUAUUAUCAACUGAAGAAGUAAAUACUUUACCAAAAGGCAACUGGAAGUUUAAAUGGGAAGCACCUGCCAUUGGCAUGCCAAAUUGCACCUGGAAAGGAACUAGACCAAAUUUUCUUCAUGUUGCUCAGAGUGAUCCAACUUAUGGUCUCAAGCCUAAGUUAUAUAAGCACUGGCUUCAGUUAUACGAGAAAUCUGGAGGAAAAGAUUUUGGCUCAUCUAACAGAAGAAGAUUCUUCUCCAUUUGCAACAGCUAUCUGGAUAUUUUUCAUUCUAACAAGAAACCCUAUUACAAUGGAGGCCGUAGAGAAGACACCAGUCAAAUGGACGCAUACCUUAUGCAUUCUUUAAAUCACAUUUUUAGAACUAGAGAUCUUGUCAAGAAGAAUGAAUGUAAAAUUUCCAAUCUUCCUGAAGAGGAAAUUCUCUCUGAUGAUGGAUUUAGAGACCAAGGAUUUACUCGUCCAAAGGUGCUGAUUCUACUUCCAUACAAGAGUAUUGCUUUUCGUGCUGUGAUGAGGCUCAUUCAACUAACUCCAGAAUCUCAGAGGGUUAAUGUAGAAUACCUUGACCGGUUUAAUAAGGAAUUUGGAUGUGAUGUGAGCACAUGGGAAAAUGAAAUAUCAGAAAAACCUUCUGAUUGGCAAGCCCUUAUUGGUGAUGGGAACGAUGAUGAUGUCUUUAUGAUAGGCAUUAAGCAUACAAAGAAGAGUAUUAGGCUGUAUGGUGAUUUCUAUUCCUCGGACAUGAUUAUUGCUUCACCCCUUGGGAUAGUUACAGCCAUUGGUAAAAAAGAAGAUAAAAAGGAACAAGAUGUUGAUUAUCUGUCCUCCAUCGAGGUUUUGGUUAUCGAUCAUGCAGAUGUAAUGUCUAUGCAGAAUUGGAAGCACGUUGAUACAGCCGUCAAACAAUUAAAUAGAUUGCCAUCAAAACCACAUAGUACCAACAUCAUGCGAGUCCGACCGUUGUAUCUGGAUGGACAUGCACGGUUCUAUCGGCAGUCAAUAUUUAUAAGCUCUUAUUUAACCGCAGAAAUGGAUUCUCUAUUCAAUCAUCAUUGCUUGAACUAUAAAGGAAAGAUGAAGCUGGAGUGUGCGUACGAUGGUGUUCUUAAGGAAGUGUUGUGCAAUGCCACUCAGUUUUUUGAAAGAUUUGAUGCAACCUCCAUGGUCCAUGCUAACGAUGCACGUUUUGAAUAUUUUACCAAAAAGGUGUUCCCAAGGAUUAGAGAUUCUGUUCAGGGUGGAGUAAUGAUCUUUAUCAAUUCUUACUUCGAGUACUAUAUUAUUGCAAAGUAUCUGAAGUCGCAAGACGCCUCUUUCUGUUUUAUUGAUGAAGAUGCAAGCACAGAGGUUAAAUCCCGUGCACGACAAGAGUUUUUUGACGGGAGCAAACAGAUCAUGCUUUACACUGAGAGAGCAUACUUCUUUUGGGGAUACAAGGUCCGCGGCAUAAAGAAAUUAAUUUUUUAUUCUCUGCCGGAGCGAAAGGAGUUUUACCCUCGGAUAACGAACAUGCUUGAAGAAUCAGAUGACAUGGUGUCCACUGUGCUUUUUUCUCGUUAUGAUGUGCGCCAGCUGAAAAGGAUCGUCGGGAAUGAUAAAGGAAGUAGAUUGAUCAGUUCUGAGAGUAGCAUCGUUGCUUUCCGUUAAGAAGGAGUGGAGACUGGAGAGUGAUCAACGUGCCCAUCCAAAGCUUUUUAAUUUUGAUUUUUUAUAUAUUUAAAUUUCUUUUUAUUUUUAUUUUUCAGUCAAGUGGAGGAUUGAAUAUUUAUUAAUAUAUCACAAAAUCAUUACAAAGAGGAGAACAGGCAGAAAAUGAAAGGAUACAAAAUUAAGCCAAACUAUUACACACUAAUAAUAUAAAGGCCACCAAACCGG